GGAGAAGUGUGUAGUUACAAUAACGGAUGAGUGAUAAGCCAAAUGCUAUGUGGUCUCUCUUUUGAACACUUCCGCCGAGAGUACCUGAACUUUGUGAUGAACACCUCCUGAACAAACUACCUUUUUUUUUAUCUAGCAGAAUUUUCGUAUGUGACGGGCCCCGGGCUGAGGAUGUUUUUACUCUUGGUGCCGUGUCGCUCUGCUGCCGGGUGUGCCGCCAGUCCUUUUCCGCGGCAUAGAGCUCGGCGCGGACGCACGGGGUCGCCGGCUCCGCAUCCCGCCAACAUCCUCAUGGCGGGGACGUUCGGGCGGCGAGCCAACCGGCAGGGAUGGGGGAUCGGAGAGAGGCGCUGGAGAUUCCAGACAGGCGCCGGAGAUCCCCGCCCGCACGCUGCCCGGUGGGGCUGUGAUGGUGGUCGCGCGGCGCCUACAUACUUACCAGCGCGCCGGCCUGCCGCGCGCCGCGUUUGCAACGCACCUGCCCGGGCAUGUUCCGCGGGCGACAGGGCCCCGGCCCGCCUGGGCGGCGGCUUUAGUCUUCGCCAGUGCCCCCCCGCUGCCGUCAAGGGGGCUAGAACCAAGGUGCGCGGCGCCCCCCUUGCGGCCCGCGCGAAUUUCUUCCCGAAGGGCGGGCGGCUUUUCCAGAAGAAUAUUUCUCGUCGGCAGGCCGGCGUAGGGUGGCUCGCAGGCAGGCCGGCCCCUGUCCGAGCCAUUUUUCUUGCCCGCGCCGUGUGUCUGCUUUGGAUGGUGCCUGCGCAACUUCGCUGCCGUGCCUGCCCCGGUCGUGGCUGAAAGAUUGCGGCGAGCAGUCUGCGUGAGCAGCCGCGUGGCCGUGUAAUUGCAGGUUGUUUCUGGCCAGGGUUGGUUGAUUAUUUGCUGUGCGCCAGUGUCCGCAAGGACGCGAACUUCGCACAAGUGGAGUUCGGUUGCGGAAAAAAAGAUGAGACUAAAGAGCAGGAAUGCGGAGAGCGAAAGCGAUCUCCAUCAGGUACUAUCAGGAAGUGGUGCUGACGAGGAGGGCCUGUGGCGAUUGCUGUUCUAAAAAUUCAAGAGGACAUGAGGGCCAGGAAAGCAUCCUGUUGAGUGCUCUAUCGAGUGUGAGAGCAACGCUCAGACCUAUUCCAGGAGUCCCAAAUCUCCCAUAAAAAAUAGGUGUUUCGGACUAGUGAGCAUCCUCCACCAGGAAGGGAGUUCAUGGCGCCUCGUUCUGUCUGGAUCGUUGCAGCUGGAGACGUGAUUCAAUGGGGCGGAGUCAAAUCGCUUCUGGCCGGAGCCCUAGUAGGCAGCCCGGCGCCCGUCGGUGUCGGCUCUUCUUGCGCGCAAAGCGCCCAGCCCGGCUGUCCCCGUAACGCGACGGACGCCAGAAGGGUCCCUCGGCGCGCGUGUGCGUCUGCUCGGGAAAAAGACGCGAG